UUAUGAUGUUAAUAAUACUCUUGAUGAUCAUGCAGACUUUUACAUCUAAUAUUGAUGUUUAAAUUUCAUAUAUCGAUGCUUCUUUAAUAAACAUUCAUUGGUGUAGUGAUACAGUUUUGGCACUCACUUCAAAAGGAUCUGUAUAUAGAAGUGAUGAUCGUGGUCGUCAAUGGACCAAAAUGUCUGAAAUUUUCCAUCGUAAAGCAUUAAUUCAACUUGAGGAUUCUGAUGAUAAAGUUGGAAUAGUAAAUAAUUUGGUUGCAAGUCCUGUUGAUAAAUAACUCAUUCUUUUUACAGGCACAGAUUAAAUUGCAUGGAUAUCACUUGAUUGUGGAAAAACAAUAACAGCUAUUAAUGCAGGUAAGUAAUUACGUGAAUAUUAAUUUCAUCCAAUUGAAAAAGAUUGGAUAAUUGCCUCUGCAUGGAAAUAAUGUGGCUCUGAUGAACUUCUUGCUGGUACACCUUGUGUUUCUUACAAGGAACUUCUAUUAAGUUAAGAUACAGGAAUCACUUGGCAUUCCAUAGCUACUUAUGUUAAUUAGUUUACUUGGGGUGUCAAAAACAAAGACAUGGCUAAAUAUACUCCAAAAGAACGUAUUCUAGCAUCAUUCGAACCUCAAGGAAAAGGACAUUAAUCAAUAAGUAGUUGGAAUAUGGAUGCCAAUUUAUAUUAUAGUGAUGAUUUCUUUUAAACUCGUACUUUAAGUGUACCAGCAGGUUCAAGAUUUUUAUUGACAGAAUCCUUCCUUUUUGUAGCUAAAGUUACAUCAUAAUAUACCUAAGAGGUUAGUUUAUAUGUGAGUGGUACUGAAUUAGGAUAAUAUAAAUAUACAAUUAUUGAUGCUGAUUCAAAAUUAUUAGAACACUCUUACAGUAUUUUAGAUACAUCAGAAAACUAAGUUUUCAUGAUUGUUAAUCACUUAAAGCCAUCCUCUCCAUUGGGAGUAAUUUAUAUUAGUGAUUCAACUGGUACAAGGUAUUCAAGAUCAUUAGAGAAUGUGGCCAGAUUAGAAAAUAGUGCAGAAUUUUAUAGGGUUUAAGGAUUAGAAGGAAUAUAUUUAGCAAAUGUAUAUUCAGAAGAUUAAGCUAAAAUAUAUUCUCAUCAAGUCUUAGAAGCUAUGGAAGAAGGAUUCUAUGCUUAAUAAAAUGGAUUUAAAGAUGAAGAUUUGAAAAAAUACAAAUAAACAAGGAUUACAUUUGACAAAGGUGGUUAAUGGGUUCCAUUAAAAGUAUAAUUAUUAAAUUUAUAAUUAGCCACCUACAGUUGAUGCAGAUGGGAAACCAAUUAAUUGUAAUAAAUGUUAGUUACAUAUUCAUCUUAGUUAAUCAUUUUAUUAAUUUGCACCUAUUUAUACUCAAGCAAAUUCAAUUGGUAUAAUAAUAGCUACAGGAUCUAUUGGAAAAUAUUUAAGUUAUAGAUAAGAUCAAGUUAACACUUAUUUAAGUAGAGAUGGUGGUUUAACAUGGAUUGAAAUAAAAAAAGGUUCAUAUAUUUAUGAAAUGAGUAAUCAUGGAGGAUUGGUUGUUAUGUCUAAAGAUUAAGAAACAACUAAUUAGAUUGUUUUUUCUUGGAAUGGUGGAAUGGAAUGGACUCCAUUUAAUUUUUUAGAUUAGAAGGCAGAAAUCUAAAAUAUAAUUACUGAACCUUAAAAUAAAGGAACUAGAUUUAUAGCUUAUGGUUCUAUUUAAUUAGAAUCUAAUGGUAUUAAAACUGAAUAGGGAUUACUUGCCACUUUAGAUUUAGAUGAAUUACAUUAAAGGAAUUGUAUAGGUUAAGAUAAACCUGGAGAAAUUGGUAGUGAUUAUGAAUUAUGGACUCCAUCUGGUUUGGUGAAUCCAGAAUGUUUAUUUGGUAAAAAAGUAACUUACAUGAGAAAAAGAAGAGAAGCAGCUUGUUAUAAUCCUGAUACAUUAGAGAAAAUCAUUAGUGUAACACCAUGUUAAUGUUCAUAAGAAGAUUAUGAAUGUGAUUUAGGUUUUGUGAUGAAUAAUUAAUUAUGUGUACC